AUGUCACAUUUGGUGUUUGCUGACGGUACUGUUGGAGUCGGCCAUUGCCAAUACUUUGUGAAACCAACUGCUUACUCGCUGCAGCCCAUUCUCUUACAACAUUACGGCUACAAGAAGAACAUUUAUGAACUCAACUUCCUUCAAGGCUGGCAGAGCCAUUUCACAGGUGCUCUCCAAAGAUUUGCUAUGAGAAAGCAAAGCGCUAUCGCAAGUUAUUCAUCUGCGUUUAAAAGGUUCUUGGAAAAUUAA